AUCUACGACGACAUCUACAGCUACAGCCCACACUCCAGCAUGUCCAUUCCACACUCGGCCUACGAUCCUCGCCGCGUAUUCCGUUUCAACGUCCCCCACUUUGAAAUCGGUCCCAAAGCACGCUCAGUCGGAACAUACCUCUCCGGUGGUCUCUUCGCACUCUCAUAUUUCCUCCUGUUCGACGCCGCUACCCUCUCAUCCCACGCAAAACCCCCUCCAGACGCACCUUACGAUGUUGUACCAGUACACAUGGCGUUUGUCGACUGGAUCCCUGCCAUCUGCACUACCCUUGGGUUCAUCAUAACCUCCCUCCUCGAUAAAUCUCACCUCACCUCCGCCUUCUCCUCCGACCCAUGGGCACAUGAAGGUUCCGCUGCCUGGCGUGCAAGGGUGGUCCUCUUCAUCGGGGUAGCCUUGAUGGCCGGCGGUCUCGCUGGGAGUCUUUGUGUCCUCAUUCUCAAAUAUAUUGUCCCCGAUUACACCGGGUACACCUAUUACGGCGCCGCUAACGUGGCUACCAAUGUUGGCAUCAUGGUCUCAGCCAUGAUACUCUGGAUCUCGCAAAGCGGCAGCGACGAGUACGAGUAUCAACUCACUGUCUAAUCCCUCCUUUACCCUUCCUUUUAUUUCUCAUCUACCACUUUCCCACCACCCGUUAUAUCAUUUUCUGAAUUUUCACCUUGCCGCAUUGUCAAUUGGAUCGUUCAAGUCGAUUGGGGUGGGGGUGGCGGGGUGAUGUGGGGCCGAAAAAUGAAUAAAAGGAAUAGGAUAUUACCAACGAUCGCGAUUACAUGGCGACCAAAUCUUUUUGUAUGCAUAGAUACCUGCCAAACCAGAUCCAACACCGUCAACCCUCCAUUCAUCUUUCACAAUCCGGUGUCCUCUCCUUCGCAUCUGGACUCAAAUCAAAGCUCACAAAAUGUCCACAUCCUCCCCAUUGACCACAUGACCAUAUUUCCGAGUAUUAUCUAUUUACAAUAGUCAUAUACAGCU